AUGGCGGCGGCGCCUUCCCGCGACGAGAUCAUCCUCUACCAGAUCGCGUGCUUCAGGCCCCAGAUCGCCCGCAGCCUGGAGGUGCCGCGCGUGCUGGACGCCAUGCCCUCGCUGCGCCGCGAGGCGAAGGAGCGCGUGCGGGCGGUGCACGCCGCCCAGGGCAACACGGCCGCCGCCCGGGCGCUCCUGCGCGCGCUGGAGGACGGGGCGCCCCGCGCGCCGGGCUUGUGCCAGGAGUUCUACGAGGCGCUGCGGCUGGGGGGCUUCCAGGCCGCCGCCUACGUGGACCCCAGCCUCGCCCAGCUGCCCUCGCCCUCCCUGCAGGCCGCCCACGAGACCGGGGCCCUCUUGCUGGAGCUCUGCAUGGGCAGCUUGGUGGAGGGCCUGCGGGCGCGGCAGCUGGCCGACCAGUGCUUCCAAAAGAACCUCUUCGAGGGCGAGGACGUGGAGCGGGUGAGAGUUCGGUGUGAUACUCACGGAAACCGUGAAGCUGUAAGGGAAUUGCUGAACAGGGUGGUGUGGAAGAGAGAGUGGUUAUCUCCAUUUCUGGCAGCCUUGCGUGCAGCUGGCCAUGAAGACAUUGCAGAUGACCUAUCAGGACCAGAAAACGGGCCGCCUCCUUCUGAAGCUGCGGAGGAGUUGAAGAAAGGAACUGAUGUAGAGCACAGUUCAGCUGGUGAGGAGAAUACCUCAGAAGAAUCUUUUGGGGAGGCCUCCGCCAUUUCAGAACCUGAUGUCAGCUUGCUGGACACAAGCGUCAGUGAUGCCAACGAAAGCCUGGGACAGGUUGGCCUCGUCAGCGGUGAUUCAGAUGAUGUGGAUGAUGGGGACAAGAGAGCCUCACCUGAACCAGAGCUGAGUCUCCGAGACUACCAGAUGGAAGUGGCUGAACCAGCACUGGAAGGGAAGAAUAUUAUCAUAUGCCUCCCUACAGGCAGUGGCAAGACCCGUGUAGCUGUUUACAUUGCCAAAGAACAUUUGGAUAGGAAGAGAGAAAAACAGAAGCCUGGGAAAGUUAUAGUACUUGUCAACAAGGUGCCUUUGGUGGAGCAGCAUUUCUGGAAAGAAUUUCACCCCUACCUGAAACACCAAUAUAAAGUAACUAAGCUGAGUGGUGAAUCUCAGCUGAAAAUUUCGUUCCCUGAAGUUGUCCGAGAUCAUGAUGUCAUUAUCUGCACUGCUCAGAUCCUUGAGAAUGCACUUCUGAAUUCGGAAAAAGAUGCUGAAGAAGGAGUCCACUUAGCAGAGUUCUCUCUGAUUGUUAUUGAUGAAUGCCACCACACUCACAAGGAAGGUGUCUACAACAAUAUCAUGCGUCGUUACUUGAAAGAAAAGAGGGAAAACAAGAAGCGAAGCAAAGAGAACAAACCACAGACUCCUCAGCCACAGAUCCUGGGACUGACAGCUUCACCUGGUGUCGGAGGUGCCAAAAACCCUUCAAAAGCUGAGGAACAUAUUCUGAAAAUAUGUGCCAAUCUUGAUGCAGUUGGGAUCAUGACCGUUAAAGAACAUGCCCAGCAACUGAGCAAUCAUGUGAAGGAACCUUAUAAGAAAUUUGAGAUUGCAGAUGACAAACGGAAGGAUCCAUUCAGAGAAAAACUCGUAAGCAUAAUGACAAAGAUCCAGGCCUAUUGCAAAUUCAAUCCAAACUGUGAGUUUGGAUCUCAGACCUAUGAACAGUGGGUUAUUCAAGAGGAGAAGAAAGCUGCUAAAGAAGCGAAUCGCAAAGAACGUGUCUGUGCAGAGCAUUUGAAGAAAUACAACGACGCCUUGCAGAUCAACGACACCAUCCGAAUGGUUGAUGCGUACAGCCACCUCAAAAGCUUCUAUAAGGAAGAGAGCGACAAGAAGGUGACAGUGAAUGAAGAAGAGCAUGAGCCAGUAGCAUUGAAACUGGAUCAAACUGAUAUGUUCCUUCUUGAUUUAUUUUAUGGCGAAGAAGAGGAGUUGAAAAGGCUAGCUACUAAGGAACAAUACGAGAAUGAGAAACUGACUAAGCUGCGCGGAACCUUGAUGGUGGAGUUCUCAAAGACAGCUGAGCCCAGAGGGAUCAUUUUCACGAAGACUCGGCAAAGCGCCUAUGCCCUCUAUCGGUGGAUUAAAGACAAUCCAAAGUUUGAAGAAGCUGGAGUGAAAGCUCAUUAUCUGAUCGGUGCUGGACACAAUAGUGAAUUUAAGCCCAUGACUCAGAAUGAACAGAAGGAAGUUAUUGAAAAAUUCCGCAGAGGAAAAGUUAACCUACUCAUUGCUACUACUGUGGCGGAAGAAGGCCUGGAUAUCAAGGAAUGUAACAUCGUUAUACGCUAUGGCCUCGUUACCAAUGAAAUAGCUAUGAUGCAGGCACGUGGAAGAGCUCGAGCUGAAGAAAGUACCUAUGUACUUGUGGCAUCAGGAGGAUCUGGAGCUGUUGAGCGUGAAAAUGUGAACAUUUUUCGCGAGAAAAUGAUGCAUAAAGCAAUUAGGCGUGUCCAAGAGAUGUCCCCAGAUGAAUAUAUUCGUAAGAUUGAAGGCUUUCAGGUACAAAGUAAAAUGGAAGUCAAAAUGAAGGCAAAGAGAGAGCUGCGUAAAGUAUGCAAGCAAAACCCGUCCUUGAUAAAAUUCCGAUGCAAAAACUGCCCCAAGGUAGUAUGUUCGGGAGAAGACAUACAAGUUAUUGAAAAGAUGCAUCAUGUCAAUGCCAAACAGGAAUUCCAGGAGCUCUAUGAUGUAAGAGAAAACAGGACUCUGCAAGCAAAGGAAGCCGAUUAUCAAAUAAAUGGAGAAAUUAUCUGCAAAGAUUGUGGACAGGCUUGGGGGACUAUGAUGGUGUACCGAGGCCUAGACCUGCCAUGCUUAAAAAUCGAAAAUUUUGUGGUUGUAUUCAAAGACAAGAAAACUGCUCCAAACCAGAUCUUAAAAAAAUGGAAAGAGCUGCCCAUUAAGUUUCCAGAUUUCGAUUAUGCAGAACACUGUGAAUCUAGUGAUGAAAAUUAA